AUGGAGGUUGGAAAAGUAAACUUAGAUGAUGAAAUAGUAACAGAUGAUGUAGAAACAGUAAUAGUAGAUGGAAUUAUAGUAACAGUAGACGUAGAAAAGGACACAUUUGUAGAACUAGUAACAGUAGAUGAAGAAAUAGUAACAUUAGAUGUAGAAAUAGCAAACGUAGAUUUAGAAAUAGUAACAGUAGAUGUAGAAUUAGUUACAGUAGAUGUAGAAAUAGCAGCACUAAAAAUAGUAACAGUAGAUGUAGAAAUAGUAACAGUAGAUGUAGAAAUAGUAACAGUAGAUGUAGAAAUAGUAACAGUAGAUGUGGAAAUAGUAACAGUAGAUGUAGAAAUAGUAACAUUAGAUGUAGAAAUAGUAACAGUAGAUUUAGAAAUAGUAAAAGUAGAUGUAGAAAUAGUAACAGUAGAUGUAGAAAUAGUAACAGUAGAUGUAGAAAUAGUAACAGUAGAUGUAGAAAUAGUAACAGUAGAUGUGGAAAUAGUAACAGUAGAUGUGGAAAUAGUAACAGUAGAUGUAGAAAUAGUAAAAGUAGAUGUAGAAAUAGUAACAGUAGAUGUGGAAAUAGUAACAGUAGAUGUGGAAAUAGUAACAGUAGAUGUGGAAAUAGUAACAGUAGAUGUGGAAAUAGUAACAGUAGAUGUAGAAAUAGUAAAAGUAGAUGUAGAAAUAGUAACAGUAGAUGUAGAAAUAGUAACAGUAGAUGUAGAAAUAGUAACAGUAGAUGUAGAAAUAGUAACAGUAGAUGUGGAAAUAGUAACAGUAGAUGUGGAAAUAGUAACAGUAGAUGUAGAAAUAGUAAAAGUAGAUGUAGAAAUAGAAACAAUAGAUGUAGAAAUACUAACAUUAGAUGUAGAAAUAUAUCGUCACAUUAAAUUAACAGUAGAUGUGGAAAUAGUAACAGUAGAUGUAGAAAUAGUAACAGUAGAUGUAGAAAUAGUAACAGAUGAUUUUGAAAUAGUAACAGUAGAUGUGGAAAUAGUAACAGUAGAUGUAGAAAUAGUAACAGUAGAUGUAGAAAUAGUAACAGUAGAUGUAGAAAUAGUAACAGUAGAUGUGGAAAUAGUAACAGUAGAUGUGGAAAUAGUAACAGUAGAUGUAGAAAUAGUAACAGUAGAUGUGGAAAUAGUAACAGUAGAUGUAGAAAUAGUAGCAGUAAAUGAAAAAUAG